AUGUCCUUUGACCAUAUGUCUGAUCAAGAAUUAUUAAACAUGGUUGCCCAAAAUAUGAUUGUUCUAAAAAAAGAGUUCUCACAACUACAAGGUGCUUAUGAAGCGCAACAUGAUCAAAUAGCGUUACUAAGGGCAGAACUUGAGGAACACCGCGAUCAGUCACGUAAUCAACAUAUUUUUUAUUCAAACCAAAUCCAAGGGGCGGCGGCAUCCAUCCAGGCUGUGCAAGAUCAGCUUCUUCAUCAAUCUUCCUCUUGCUCCACAGCCCCACUUCCACCACCCCCACCUUCUGGCACUGCCACCACUAUCAAUCCCCCACCUACGUCUUCUAAUUCCGAUUUGAAAUUUGCCAAGCCAAACAAGUUUAGUGGCAAGAAAGAAGACGCCCUCAAUUUUAUCAUUGCCUGCCAGGCUUACAUAAGGGCAAAGGGAGCAAACCGGUCCCAGGAAAAAAAAUUUUUAUCGCCAAAAUGGAAUAACUUGCGGCAGAAGGCUUCAGUCCAGGAAUACACUCGGGAAUUCCAACAAUAUUCUGUGUCCUUGGGUUAUAGUGAUGAAACCUUGCGCGAUAAGUACUAUGACGGCCUUAAAAAUGAAAUCAAAGAUAUUAUGUUGUCAACUAUGUUCCAAUGGCGUUGUGCUACAGCCCAACAGGUCUAUGACAAGGCAGAAGAAAUUGCUAACCACAUUGAAUCUACACGCCUAUCCAACCCCUCUGUCUCCACUGUUUGUGCUACUACUGCUGUCUCCACUUCCACUCCCAACCCCACUCCCGCUUGCACUUGUCUCAACGUUGGGGACAAUGUCUACAUGAUUGAUCCCACUACUCGCCGCGCCAAGAAAGGCGCCAUCACCUCAAUUGUACGCACCACUUCUGGCAAUAUGCCCAACAUCAGGUGGAAUGGGGAAACCAAGGACACAAUGAUCCCAUUCCCAUCUCUCAAAAAAGACAAACGUCCUGCUGCUGCUGCACCUGUUAGGCCCACUAUUGCUCCCACUCCUGUCUUGGCCUCAAGUUCUAAAGGCCCAGGCCCCAUGGAUCUUGACGGGAGGGGUUUUGCAAACCUUAUCUGCCAUAUAUGCGGCGGUAAAGGCCACUUUGCACAAAAUUGCCCUUCUAAGCCCAUGUCUGGACAUGUGGCCAAUGUUGAAUGGUCUUGGGAAAGGCCUAAAGAAGAAAGUUGUAUUGAAGUAGUUUCUGAUGAGGAAGAGUUGGGAAAAGGAAAAGCCAAGGCCAACUAA